CAAAGGGGGGAGCACGUUACGCACGGUGAUCAAGCUUACAGCGAAGCCAUGUGUCGGAAUUAAAGACCGGGCAGUGAGUUCGAGCAGGCAGGCUGUCUGUGCCGGUGGUAUGGCUGGGGAUUCCCUUGUUUGGUGGCUUGUAUACUGGUAGAUAUUUAAAAAGGUUAAAGUGAGAACAGAUAGGGUAACACAUUGGCUUGGAGCAGCAACUUAAAAGGCAGCAGGAGGAGCCCCCGACGGAAACACAUAAGCUCCUCCGACUGUCCUCUCGUCGAGGUGCUGAAGCGGCAGCAGUGGACACAGACUGGAAGCUUCUCCGCUGUCGCUUCACGAACUGACUCGUCGGUCGAGGUCUGUUCAGAAGAGCAGGGCUCUUGUGGUAUGACGACGACUAACAAAGGAAAUAAAGCCUUGAAGGUGAAGCGAGAGCCGGGGGAGAAUGGCACCAGCCUCACAGAUGAUGAGUUGGUCACCAUGUCGGUGCGGGAGCUGAACCAGCACCUCCGAGGGCUCACCAAAGAGGAGAUUGUGCAGCUGAAACAACGGCGGCGCACGCUGAAGAACCGGGGCUAUGCCGCCAGCUGCCGGGUGAAGCGAGUCACUCAGAAGGAGGAGCUGGAGAAGCAGAAGGCCCAGCUGCAGCAGGAGGUGGACAAACUGGCCAAUGAGAAUGCUUCAAUGCGCAUUGAGCUGGACGCUCUGAGGUCUAAGUACGAGGCAUUACAAACCUUUGCCAGGACUGUGGCGAGGAGCCCCACAGUAGGGGUCGGGGUCAGGGGUGGUGGAGGUGGAGGAGGGGGAGGGGUGCCAUCAUCAGUGAUUGGUCCGCUCAUACCUGGGAAGGUGGCGACGGCGACGAGCGUGAUCACAAUAGUGAAGUCAAAAACAGAUGCACGGUCGUGAGGGAGGGAAAGAAAGACGAGGGUGGAGAGAUGGAGACAUUCUUCUCCUCUGCUGGCUGCCUCUCCUCCACCUGCACUGAACCAAAUAGCUGCCUCAGCAUGUUCCUGUCAUCUAUGGCAGAUCAGUGCAGCUGAAGGAAAGGAUGGAAGCAGAGGUAGAUUAUUGAGACUAUAAAGAUGCAAGCCUAUGUUCAGAUUAUGGUCAUUUAGCACAGGACAGAUACACAGAUGUUCCAACGAUGUGACAGCCUGAAAAGACGAGGAAUUAAAGAUACAUUUUAAGCCAAGGGAAAAAGGAAGAUAAGGAAUUCCUAAAAUGCUUUGAAAUCAUGCAAUUUAUUCAGCUGCAAUAUAAGUCAGUGAAGUGUUCAGGGUGAAGUUAACAGCUGGUAGAAUUAGAAACCUGAAAGUGCAGAAAAUCAUGUCACACAUUCGCACACCAGAUCUGAACCAAGACGUAGAAAAUGUGUAAAGUCACUAAAAUACAUGAGUAGUAGAAUAAGAAAGAUGGUGUUCCUGUGUUAGUUAUAUGAAGUCAUCGGAUUAGAUCAGAGAGUUCUGUGUCCCUGACUUUCAAAAGACAGAGCAAGAUUUCGCGCUGAUUUCAGUGGCUGCAAAGAAGUCCCACCAUGCUCCACCCAGCCAAGAACUUUAUGAAUAUAAUGUUCGUAAAAUAUAUAGUAUAUAACACAAUGGUGGUAACUGUAUUUCUACUGUUUUGUACUGUGUUGUCAUACACAUGAGGUCCAAAGUGUAUUCUCUGUGUGUCAGUUGUGAUAUAUCAGGAAUUCUGUGAAAUUCUGUGGCGCGUGUUCGUUUUGGUAUUGCUAUAUUUAAUUAGCUGUAUUUUUUGUAUGGUCUUCUCUAUCAUUGUCAGACUCUUUCUCUUAACUAACCUUUCGUGGUCCUUUCAUCAUUCUUUUCUAAUUGGUUUCUAACUUUUACACACAGUACUUCCUGAAUCUAACAGAGAGAGAGAGAGAGAGAGAGAGAGAGAGAGAGAGAGAGAGAGAGAGGCGAGGAAAGGCAGAUGAUGAUAACCAAAAAACAGAUAGAAACAACACAUGAGACAGAGGAAAGAUACAGGCUCUGAAUAAGAUCACGUUAUCUUCAGUCUGAGUUCCUCAUAAAGGUACACAGGGGGCAAGUGCCUUGGUCUCCUGAUGAUAUGCACAGAGAAGAAGACAAAAGGACACGAAGACAUUGUUAAAGGACAGAGGAGACUCAGUGCUUAAUUAGAUACACUGACCAAUCAGGAAGCAGCUUGUGACCGACAGCAUUUAACUCUUGCUGCGUGUUGUUGUGUGAGCUGUGUGGUACCCAUCAGGAUUAAUGAUACUGAAAAGACUCCUUUAUGUGACAGGGAAUUCUUUAACUUUGAGGGGAAAAAAAAGAAAGAAUAAAAAGAGGGAUGUAUUGAGUCCAGCUUUCAGCACAGGACAUUGAUCUGUUAUGUUAAUUACUGUUUCAACUUUUAUUUGUAUUUAUUGACUGCUAACUUAUAAAUGUAAGUUAUUACACCUACAGGAAAAUGUCAGCCUCAAAACAAAGCAGUUACACUCCUCCAGCUUUUAACCACAAAGCUCCCUUUGCAGGUGCAGAUGUGCAAAUGAAAGCAAAGAUAAAUGAAUUUCCAGUCACAUAAAUGACGUCGUUUCACUUGAGUUUUACCAUAAAAGUAGUCUUAUGUGAUGUUCUAUACUCAAAGAAUCUUUGUGUAUGUACGGUAGAGUCUGGAGUUUUAUAAAGACAAUUAUCUUUGCAUCGUUUGUAAUGACCUGUAAAAAAAAAAAAGUAUAACAGACCUGUUUGAUAUACAGUAUCUCUCUAUUUUGCAAUUGUACCAAAAGUGGCUUAACUACUGAAUAGCUUUGUUUUUCUCUAGUGACUAGGCACGUGUGUGUAACCGUGAACUAGUGUGUGCUGUGCUGUGUAGGUAUGUGACGAGGUAACUAUAACGUUCACUAUUUCAUGGAUAUGACUUUGAUCCUUGUUUGAUUUCAGGCCCAAGUGGGUGAUGACACCGAGGGUAACUGCACUCUUUCUCUGAUCAUUCAAUCUUAUUUUCGUCUUCUAGCUCUGCAGACUAGUCGAUCGUGUGUUCAUCUGCUCACAAUGUGCACUUCUGGUUCAUUCAAUUUUAAGUUCAGUUUGGCAGAUCCACUUUCUGGUUUUCUACACAGGCACUGGUGACUCUCCUUUGGUCCCUGCAUUGUUGAAACGACUGCUGAGAUGAGGAAGUGUUACGGUUAACCUCACUAGCUCCAUAUUUGUGUAUUCAGGCCAUCAGACUUGUGAAACUGAAAAAAAACGAGCCUGUAAAGCUGCAUCACCCCGCUCCCUCACUAAGUUAUAUUUGUACUGUGUGAUAAGGUACAUGUUUUGUUGGGUACAUUUUAUAAAGUUCUGUAUAAAUUAA